UUUGGGCUCGCUCGAGUGCGCGCGGGCGGCGGUGGGCGCGCGCGGGCCGGCCCACGCCAGGGAGCGGAGGAGAGCGCAGCAGGGUGGCAGGCUCGGGGAUCGAGGGCCGAGGAGGGCGGCCGCGGGAGGGCAGAAAGCACCAGCGCCGAGGCGGCGGCUCACGCCCGGCGGAUCCGCGCGGCUCCGCGGCGCCGCGGCCCAGGGGGGGACCCCCAGCGGCCGCGGCGCGCGGGGAGCCGCCGACCAUCCGCCCGGCCGCGCCGCCACGCCCCCAGGGCAGGCGUCGGCGGGGAGGCACGGAGGCGGGGGAAGGAGGCAGGCAGAGCGGCAGGGAGGG